ACGACCAUUCUCGUACACAUUCCUCCUCUACCCCGCCCCCGCUCUCGUCCACCGCCCGUUCCCACGCCUCUCAAUGAAAGAUCUCGACGAGGAAACGCUGUUGAACUUGUAAAGAUUCUCUCAGCUCAAGAAAGGAGACCCUAACAAAUGGCCAGCAAAGGAAAGCCGGAGAUCCCCCUCUCCGCGGACCUCCCUCCGCUGAUUAUGGGCACCGCGACCUUCAAUUCCCAAUACAAUGUCGACCCGUUCGCCCUUCCCACAACGGCUCUCGUCCAUCGCGCUUUUUCCGCCGGUGUCCGCGCAUUCGACACUUCACCCUACUACGGCCCGGCCGAAGAGCUUCUUGGAUACGCUCUCUCUACACCCUUUGUCCGCGACAACUAUCCCCGCCACAAAUACCGUUUGAUCACCAAGGUCGGCCGCCUUGCGUCCGCCUCAUUCGACUAUUCGCCGACCUGGAUCAGACGUAGCCUGGCACGGAGUUUGUCGCGUCUGAACACCCAAUAUCUUGACCUGGUAUAUUGUCACGACGUUGAGUUCGUUUCGGCGGAAGAAGUCCUCGUCGCCGUGAAAGAGCUGCGCCGGAUUCGCGACGAAGAGGGCACCAUACGAUAUGUGGGCAUAUCGGGCUAUCCGGUGGGCGUCCUAUGUGACCUUGCGGAGAGGAUACUCAGAGAAACGGGCGAGCCGCUUGACGCGGUGAUGUCCUACGCGAAUUUCACCGUGCAGAAUACAAGAUUGGUCUCGGAGGCGCUCCCUCGCCUUCUUGCGGCCGGUGUGGAUGUGGUGCCCAAUGCGUCGCCGUUGGGCCUGGGGCUGCUGAGACGCCACGGUGUGCCCAUUGGAAGCAUGGGUGAUUUCCACCCUGCACCGGUUGGGCUGCGAGAUGCGGUGAGGGAAGCGAGUCGGUGGGUGGAGGAGCAGGGCGAGAGGAUUGAAAUCAUUUCCAUACGUUACGCGCUCGAAGCUUGGUUAAGGGAAGGCUCGGCGGUGGGAUCGCUGGGAGAACCAUUGGCCUCUUCGUCGUCGUCAUCGAAUGGCGCUUCUAGUCAAACAGCUGCUCCUACAGGACGCAAACUGGGCAUCAGCGUCAUGGGCGUUAGCAAAAUGGAGGAGCUUGAUGAAACGCUUCGUGUCUGGCGGGAGAUCAUCGGUGGUCUUGAGGAGAUAGUCGACAUCGAGAACUCGGAGAAAGCCCUCACUGAACAUGCUGAUUCUGUGACCGUGAGACCCACCGCAUCGCAGGAUAGCUCACUUUCCAUCCUCCCCGUGAGCGAUAAUGUUCCCAGCCACGAACGGUCUCAUAUUCGCCGUCAGGAGAUCCUCGCUCUCGUCGCUGGGAUACGGAAGGUCCUGGGACAGGAAUGGGUGGAUUUUACGUGGUCGAGUCCUGAAAAAGGUUUCACCAACCAACCUCCUCCGCCAGGCUACGAUAAAGAUAUUAAAUAUUAAAUAUUGUCAUUGGGACGCGAUACGAUUCUGAUAUGAGUUGAACAGAUGAAGAUGAAAUCUAAACAAGUUCUUUAAUCCUUGGCCACACAAUUUCUUUUAUCGAAAUAGCACUCAGGAUACUCCGUAAAUAGUAAUAGAUACCACUUGUUAGCGCCAUGGAAAUAAUGACCAUGGCCAUUGAAGAAAAAGAAGAAAAAGAAAGUCUCAGGGUG